AUGGAACCCAGAAUAUCUGGGGCAUCGACUAACAAAGUUUGCAAGAAGUUUGGUUUCGAGAAUUGGAUUCGAGUUGAAGUAGUAGGCUUUAAUGGUGGGAUAUGGCUACUAUGGAGGAACGACUUGAGCAUAGAAACCAUUGCAAUUAAUCCUCAGUUCAUUCUUACGAAGGAAAGAUACACGCGUUGGAAUAAAAACAGUUUCGGCAGCAUUGAGAGAAGGAAAAAAUGCCUCAAUGAUAGGAUCGAAGGUGUCCAACGAUGCAUGGAUAGCCACCCCUACAACGGUCUCAUAAAUCUUGACAAGAAGUUACGUUCGGAGCUCGAAGAUACUCUUUACCAGGAUGAGCUAAAUUGGUUUCAGAAGUCCAAAGAGGAUUAUUGGAUUGCCUCGGGUGACCUUAAUACAAAAUACUACCAUGCAUCUACGAUGGUUUGCCAUUCUAGAAAUAAAAUCCAUGGUCCUAUGGACAGUAAUGGGGUUUGGGUUCUUGACAAAUCGCAUCUGGAGGAAUUGGUCCAGGGAUUCUACGUUAACUUGUACUCCCGGGAUAACGUUGUGGAUCUCACUGUUGCGUCUUUGGGCGCUUUCCCAGCCAUCAAUGAGGGACAAAUAAAUGGCCUUAACAAGCUGAUAUCUAAGGAGGAGGUGAAAGAGGCUCUAUGGGCGAUAGCACCUAUAUAUGAAGGCACUAGGCCCGGAUGGUUUUCACGCAAUGUUCUAUCAAAGAUCUUGGGAUACGGUGGGAUAUUGCCUACAUAA